AUGAAACUCCUGUUUUUGUGUAUACCCCUACUACUGUGCGCCGCGAGCGUCUUUUGCGAAAAAGAAAAGGAAGACAAAGAGAAGGUUGAUUAGGUUAUUAUUUUCUUCUGAGCCGUUUUUUUUUCAGGAAACAAAGUAUGGAACUAUUAUUGGAAUCGAUUUGGGAACGACAUACUCUUGCGUAGGAGUGUUCAAAAACGGACGCGUUGAGAUUAUCGCCAACGAUCAAGGUGAAGAGCUAAAAAGGUUUAAUUUAAACUUAAAAUGUUUUAGGAAACAGAAUCACUCCUUCUUAUGUGGCUUUCACCGGAGACCAAGGCGAGCGCUUGAUUGGAGAUGCGGCUAAAAAUCAGCUGACGAUCAACCCGGAAAAUACGAUUUUCGACGUGAAACGACUUGUUGGCCGUAGCUACAAGGAAAAAGUUGUCCAGGACGAUAUCAAGCUCUGGCCUUUCAAGGUUCGUUCCGGCUGGAAAAAGGAGAAAGAGUGAAAGUUUUUCAGGUACUGGACAAAAACAACAAGCCGCACGUGCAGGUCAAAGUCGGAGACGCGAAAAAGGACUUCUCGCCGGAAGAAGUGUCGGCGAUGGUUCUGGGCAAGAUGAAGACGAUCGCCGAGUCCUUCCUCGGAACCAACGUCACCCACGCCGUCAUCACCGUCCCCGCCUACUUCAACGACGCCCAGCGACAGGCGACCAAGGACGCCGGCACGAUCGCCGGCCUCAACGUCGUCAGGAUCAUCAACGAGCCCACCGCUGCCGCCAUCGCCUAUGGUCUCGACAAGAAAGAAGGUCCGUGAUAUCAUCACAAAAAUGAGCGGUUUUUUUUUAAACAAGUCAUGCAGCUGUAAAGUAUUCCUUCAAGAGCGGACUUAAUUUUUGAAAAAUGUGAGCCCAGAAUAAUUUUUUCGCUGAAAAAAAUGAAAGAAAACUUGAAGUAUCUCUUUGCCGAACGAAAAACUCUAUAACAACAAAAUUCAGAAAAAACUGUUCCCGUUUUUGAAGCUUAAAAAAAUAUUCCAGGAGAGCGCAACAUCUUGGUUUUCGACCUUGGCGGCGGAACCUUUGACGUCUCGCUGCUGACCAUCGACAACGGCGUGUUCGAAGUGCUGGCCACGAACGGAGACACUCACUUGGGAGGCGAAGAUUUCGACCAACGCGUCAUGGAGCACUUCAUCAAGCUGUACAAGAAGAAGUCGGGCAAGGACAUCAGGUCGGACAACCGCGCCGUCCAGAAGUUGCGUCGCGAGGUCGAGAAGGCCAAACGUGCUCUGUCGACCCAGCACUCGACGAAGAUCGAAGUCGAGGCUCUCUUCGACGGCGAAGACUUCUCCGAAACCCUGACUCGCGCCAAGUUCGAGGAACUCAACAUGGACCUCUUCCGAGCGACUCUCAAGCCAGUCAAGAAGGUCAUCGAGGACGCCGACCUCAAGAAGGAAGACGUUCACGAGAUUGUCCUCGUCGGAGGCUCAACCCGCAUCCCGAAAAUCCAGCAGCUCAUCAAGGACUUCUUCGACGGCAAGGAGCCUUCCCGAGGCAUCAAUCCCGACGAAGCUGUGGCCUACGGAGCCGCCGUCCAGGCUGGCGUCAUCAGCGGAGACACGGAGACGGGAGACAUCGUCCUUCUCGACGUGAACCCCCUCACGAUGGGUAUCGAGACUGUGGGUGGCGUCAUGACCAAGCUCAUCCCUCGCAACACGGUCAUUCCCACCAAGAAGUCGCAGGUCUUCUCCACCGCCGCCGACAGUCAGCCCACUGUCUCGAUUAAGGUUUUAGCGAUCCUUUUUUUGAAAUAUCUGAAUAGUGUGAGGAAAAAUACAUUCUCUAGCUUUUUAAUUCAAAAAAAUUAGUCAUCUUUCAAAAAAACUUUCUAUUUCUAGUUCCUUCCUUCGAAAGACAGAUCACUUUUUUUGAAAAAAAUUUUUUUUGUAGAUAAUUUUUUUAUUUUGAGACACCAUUAUUUUUGGUAAAAAUCAUACUCAACAACCGAAAAAAAGAACGUUAUUCAAAUAAAGCAAAUGUUACUUUUUUGCUAAUUCAAAUCAAUGUUUUUAUAAUUUCAAUCUCAAAAAAUGAAAUUUGCAGGUCUACGAAGGCGAGCGUCAGUUCACCAAGGACAACCAUCUUCUCGGCAAUUUCGACCUCAACGGAAUCCCGCCCGCGCCACGAGGCGUUCCUCAAAUCGAAGUCGGUUCCAAAUUGGUCUGCCCAUAUCAUUACUUCCGAAUUGCAGGUUACCUUCGAGAUCGACGUGAACGGAAUUUUGCACGUGACGGCGGAGGACAAGGGAACGGGCAACAAAAACGCCAUCACCAUCACCAACGAUCACAACCGCCUCAGUCCCGAAGACAUUGAGAGGAUGAUCAACGACGCCGACAAGUUCGCCGAGGAGGACAAGAAGAUGAAGGAGAAGGUGAAAAUGCAUGCUCGUGGGGACUUGAAAGAUGGAAAAACCACGAAAAAACGAGAUUAAAAAUGAUCGUGUUUUUCUGUUUUAAAGUUCUGUCCGGAAAUUUCAGAAGUUCAUUGGAAAAACUCUUUUCUGUCUAUUUUGGGCGUCUUUUUUUUAUGAAAAAGCCUGGAAUCCAAGCCUCUAUUUGAGCCUUCGAAGUUCUUCUAAAAGAUCUUUCGAUUUCUGCACACUUGGAUUGAAGUUUUCUCACCCUGUUAUUUGAACUUUGAUGUGAAAAAAGAAUGUUUCAAGAAAAAAAUAAAGAUUGGUGAUGAAGUUACAGUGUAGCGAUUUAAGUAUAAUUGAAAAGUGUGAUCGCCUUUAUCAGAAGCACAUUUUUCAAUUUGAAAAGUUUCAGAUUGACUCGAAGAGCGAGCUCGAGAGUUAUGCCUAUUCGCUGAAGAACCAGGUGAACGACAAGGAGAAGCUCGGAGGAAAGCUCAGCGACGAGGACAAGCAGACGGUGACCGAGGCGGUCGAGGAGGCCAUCUCCUGGCUCGGAAGCAACGACGACGCCUCUGUCGAGGAGUUCCAGGAACAGAAGAAGGUAUGACUUCUUGGAAGGAAGUUGCAAAAAGGGAAGCAUUGGAUGAAGUUUGCAGAGAGACACUUCAAGACCUCCCUUACAGAUUCUUUAAAAAUUAGUUCACAGCUCAUCUUGAUUUUAAAAGUUUUGUUCCUUCAGUAUGGAAGAUUGCCUCUCACUCAGCAGUACCUUCACAAAAUCUGGCCAAAUUCUCAAUCCUCUACCUUUUGCACUUUUCUUGUCAGAAUUGGGCAGAAAAUAUAUGAUCUCCAUUUUCAGAAGCUGGAGUCGGCUGUUCAGCCCAUCAUCAGCAAACUCUACGAAGGCGCCACUCCCAAGCAGGACCAGGAGGCCGAAGAAAAAGACGAGCUUUAA